GGGUCGGGCUACAAUAUUCGCUGUAACUUACAACCGGCAAGAAAAUGAGACACGAGCGUGAUAUCUAUGAAGAAGGCAUCAGCUACCGCAUCUUCCGUACGUACGCUAGCUCAAAUGUCAGCUUUCGUGGCGGCGGUGCCUUCGAUCCAUUCCUCAAGAUCGCGGGCAGUCUCUUCUCCGUGAAAGAGAAUAAGCCAAUGGUCCGCGUUGUAUUCUUUCAUCGUCACGCUGUGCCCGCUGAACGCCUCCUGCCCAAGGGACGCACAGCCGGUCUUGGGAGUGCAGACACAACCGCUCCUCGCCGCGGCGAAGCGCUGGCCGGCGGGAACUUGUGCUCGGAAGGUAUCUAUGCAACAAGGCCCUUGCAUCAGCCACGUCAAAUGGGAUAGAUACAAGAGGAUACAGAAUGCACGCUGGUCGUCCUUGGUGGAAACCUGGCUCGUCGCGAUCUGAAAUCAGCACAUCGGUGCCGCGUCUGAAUGUCUCCGCAGCGUGCGUCGCAUCUUCCUCGAGCAGGUGAGCUGGCCGGAGCAAGACAAAUUUGUCGAGCAGGCUCUGCUUGAGCGUGACCGUUGAGGCCAGGUGCUCUUCCCGGACCUCAAAGUCGUGCAAACACACGACACUGACAAUGAGCCGAUUUGCGAAACGCGUCGACGGCUGCAGGACGAAGCGGGCACGCAUCCUCCGCCGUACGUGUACCUGGAUGACCUCGUUUGCGUCCGG